UCCCGAGUGGGAUAAAACCCGUCCCGGCUCCCUCCCCUUGUCCUCGGCCGGUCCUGCCCCCCCCCCCGCGCGGUGCCCGGGAGCCGCUGCAGGUGCUGACUAUGAAGACAUCAGUUCCAGCUGUGGCUGUGUGGGGCAGAAGAGCUCCCUCCCACAGCAUCACUGCCAUUCUGAUCACAGAUGACCAGCAGACCAUAGUUACAGGAAGUCAAGAAGGACAAAUAUGUCUCUGGGAUCUUUCACCAGACCUAAAGGUUUCAUCUAAAGAAAUUCUCUUUGGCCAUACUGCUUCUGUAACUUGUUUGGCAAAAGCAAGAGAGUUUGAAAAACAACCAUAUGUAGUAAGUGCUACUGAAAAUGGGGAGAUGUGUGUUUGGAAUGUCACUAGUGGACAGUGCAUUGAGAACACAAAGCUUCCUUAUAGGCAUACAGCAAUCCAUUACUACCAUUGCUCAUUCCGGAUGACAGGUGAAGGUUGGCUGCUUUGUUGUGGAGAAUAUCAAGAUGUUCUUAUUAUUGAUGCCAAGACUUUGGAUGUUCUUCACACCUUAUCAUCAUCCCAGUCUUCUGAUUGGAUAAAUUGUAUGUGUAUUGUACACUCUGCAAGAAUUCAAGAAGACUCUUUGGUUGCAGUGUCUGUAACUGGAGUUCUUAAAGUGUGGGACCUGUCAUCAUCUCUGAAUAGCAUCCAGGAGAGACAAAGUGUGUGUGAGAAGGAAUCAAAAUCUCUGGACUGUGUAAGUUGUCAAGCAGUUCGAUUUUGUACUUACACAGAAAGGCUCCUUCUAGUUGUGUCCUCCAUGUGCUGGCAGGUCUAUGACUAUUGUGAUUUCUCCUUGCUUUGUACUGAGCUCUGUAAAAGUGGUCAGUGCUUUGCUGGUGGGGAAGUGCUGGCAGCUUACAGACUGAUCAUCUGGACAGAAGAUGGCCACAGUUACAUCUACCAGCUGCUGAACAGGUGGGCUCAGAUGGGAAAUUCACACAAAAAGUUCAGUGGGCUUUCUAAAAGCAUAUAUCCUGCUGAUGGGAAGGUGCUGAAAGAAACUGUUUAUCCUCAUUUACUCUGCUUUACUAGUAUGAAGGAAAAUAAGAGUUUUCCUUUUGUCAUGGGCUUCAUGAAUGAGAGGAAGGAGCCUUUCUAUAAAGUUCUUUUUUCUGGUGAAGCUUCAGGAAGGAUCACUUUGUGGCAUGUUCCUGAUGUCCCUGUGUCAACGUAUGAUGGUUCACCAAAAGAGAUCCCAAUUACAGCAGUGUGGACUCUUCAGGAUAAUUUUGAUAAACACCAUUCAAUGUCAGAGGGCAUUAUUGACCAUCUUUGUGCAACUGAAGAUGGGACUGAAGCUGCAGUUGUCAGUUCCUCUGUGUACAUAUCUGGGCUCGAUAAGCUCGUGUGUGGAUGUGAAAAUGGGAAAAUUUUUGUAACUUUAGGUUUAAAAACUGCAAGAGCAAGACUUUUAGGAAACGUAUCUUUGCUUAAAGAUAAUCUACCUUAUAAGGUUCUCAAUGGUCAUAGUAGCAGAGUCACUUGUUUACUUUAUCCACAUGACAAAUCAGUAAGAUUUGAUCCAAGCUGGCUGUUAUCAGGGGACCAGGAUUCUGUUGUGAUCUGCUGGGAUAUGUUUACUGGAAACAUCUUACACCAAUUUAAUCUGCAAUCUGGUCCAGUGACAGAGCUCUUGCGAUCUCCAGAAAACUACAGAGUAAAAGACCAGAGUAUUGUGUGCUGUGUGUGCAAUGAUCACUCAGUAGCAAUUCUACACCUUCAGAAGAGAGUAUGUCUCUUACAUGCCAGAAAGCACCUGUUUCCUGUGAAGAAGAUAAAAUUUGACCCUGUUGAAAAUCUGCUAAUUGUUGGAUGUGAAGACAAUUCAGUUUAUAUUUGGGAAAUUGAAACAGGCACCCUGGAACGACAUGAAACAGGUGAAACAGCGAGAGCAAUUCUUGCUGCUAUUGAAGAUUCAGAAUACUUGGUGGCAGAUGCUCCACUUCCUGUAUCUCAAGAGUCAAAAAGAAAUAAGAAUUCUGGAUACAAACACUCGAGCUCCUGUAAGCAUGGCAUGGGCCCUUACAACCUUAUUCAUGCAGAAAAAUCUUCAGAUAAGCUAACUGAUACCAGCUGCAUCCAACAGCCCUUUACUAUUUUACCAGUUAAGACGAAAUGGAACAAUGCAAACUUUCAUGUUCUCUUAUUUGAUCUGGAAAAACUUGAGGAACUUCUGCUGUCAUCUCAACUUGAUGGAUUAAAGUCAUCGAAAUCCUUCCACAACCAGCACACUCUAGAAAGAGCUAAAAGUACUGCUGAGAAAAGGGCACUGACACUGAAAAGAAACAAAACUGCUGGCUCCACACCUGCAGUGGAUGGGCAGGGAGAUACUGUUUGUUCAAACCAGGUCUGUAGGGGUAAUAAUGCACCCAGGCCUGUGGAAGAAAGCGGUGGCAUGAAAAGACAGAAAAAAAUGAAGAGUUCAAGAAAGAUUGGGAUGCAAACCUCAGGAAACAUUGAUGUGAACAUCGCCACUGAGGCAGCAAAGCUGCUUUUGUCGUGUCUCCUACCAUGGGGCGUAGAUAAAGAAACAGACAAUCUGUGUGUGAGACACUUGGAUAUCCUGAGGCUUCAGUGUCCUGUUUCUUUUGGACUUGUGUCAAAUGAGAGCCACCUCUCACUGAUGUUGCCAGGAUGGAACUGUGCUGAUUGUGCUGUGCCAGGAGAAGGUGAAAUUUUCAACUUGUUUACCAAAAGAGUGCUCGAUUUAUCAAACAAAUACCUUGCUGCAACUGCAGGAGAAACUGGAAGGAAGGAGGGACCUGAGAAUCUUUAUGGAACAAAGGAUUUGGAAACAAUAUUCUUAUUUAGCAGAAUAGCUUUAAUCAACAGGAUGAUUAAUAUACCUUCAGCAGUUACAGAUGAAAGUGAAAGUCCACAGAAAUCAGAAUCUGUACAUGACAAAUGGCGAAAUAUAGAAGCAGCAGCACCUUCAUUGCCCAGUUUUUAUGGAGACUUACCAAGCAGUAAGACUAGAUGUCAUUCCCCAGACUUUGGAAGCAUUUCAUUGCUGAAACUGGUUUGUUGUUGGAGUGAGGAAUCUGUAAAGAUUACUGAGGCAAUGCAAGCAGUGCUACUGGCAGAAGUUCAAAGGACUGUCAAUCCCUUGAGAAAGACGACAAUUUGCAGAGAGUCCUUGGCCGUAGUAGAGAAUGGAAAUGUCAGUGUACUGAAGCAUGGCAAGAGCUCCAACUCGGCAAACUUCCAAGAUGUGGAGGAUACGCCUGACAGAUGUGUCUUGGAAGAGUCUGAGAGUCCAGAUGACACGAAGACACAUCCCUGGAUAUCUAAAGUGUGCUCCUGUAAGGUGUGUUAGAAAAACCUAUUUAGCUGAAAGAAGAUGUACAAGGACAGCCAUGAAACAGGACAUAUGUGGCAUGGACAUGAAAUGGCUUCUUGUAUUUAUUAUGGUACACUUUUAACAGUUCAUUUUCAGAAGAAAUACCUUCCAUAAGAUCGACUUCUUUUGGCUGAGUUAUUGGCUUCAAUUCACACUUCCCUCACUAAUAGAUUUAAAUGUAUUUAGCUACAUCUGGAUAGUUUUAACAUAGAAAAUAUCAGCUCUUCAUUUUUAGAUGUUUUUCAUUUAUUUAUGCAGUGAUCCCAAAUCUUACAACUUUGAUUGACCAUUAAACAGUUGCAUCAAUUUUAGUGUUGUUUUACAUACGUCAAAUUUAAACUUUUCUCUCUCCUUGCUUCUGACUUUUAUUACCAAUAGCAUUUUAGCACUGAGCAAAACCAAAUGCAUUUCAAAUAAUCAGAAAAUCUGCUUGUAUUUAAAGGAAAAAAAAUGCACAUUUUGAAUGAAACGUGGAAUAUUUAGAAAUAACUAAAAUACAAAGAAUGGUCUGUGCACAGGAGAGGGUGGGAAAUAGAUAACAAAUCUGGUCAUGUCUAGGAUGUAAAUUUUCCUGUUAUAUAAGUACUGCCAUCACCAUCAUCUGUAGAAAUGUACUGCCAAUAUGAAGUUGAAGAAGCCCAUUGGAGUCCUUUUUUGAAAUGAUACACUUCAUUGAACAUCUAUUUGUGCUCAUUGGGAAAAGCAGCUAUACAUUUUUUUUUCUUUAAAAAAAAAAAUAUCAUUAUGUUUGUAGAAUAUGUGCAGCUGAUUAGAUUCAUUUAUCACCUCACAUUCUGGGGGAUUUAGGCUGUUUGACAAAUAGUGGCCAUUCAGAGCAGCAAGUUCACUUUCUGUGUUACCAGUAGUUGGAGAGUUAAUGGAGUGGAAGGGACUUGAGGAUGUGACUUUCUGGAUCUGUACCUUAUGGUGGAAAUCCUGGUCUGAUGUUACCCUUUCUAGUUGUCACUUUAGCCAUAAGUUGCCUUUACUGUAAGGGUGGAGAUUCCUUCAGUGUGAAAUAUUCUCUGGUAAUGAAUCCCUUCCUUCCUUGUGUGGAAAGGUCACAGCUGUAGAAGUGAUAAAACCAGGUUUCUGUUGCCACACUAUGGCCUGAAUUUGGUUCAACAUGAUACAGACACAAAAACUUCUUUCUUCUGCUUUCUUCUGUCCCAGGAGCCCAUGUCCCUAAGUGCAGAGUAUGGCAGUGAGGCCUUCAGAAACACCAGGUGGAAGGGUCUUGUGAGAAGCAAUAUCUCAGUUUUUAUUCAGUUAAAGAAUUUGUCAUGAAUAUUGGCUGCAAUCCAGAGAAGAUAAAGAUAUUUAAUGUUAUUUUUCUUUAACAGCAAAUACCAUGUAGAAAAGUGGCAUCUUUUAACAGAAAAGUCGUCGGUUUUCACACAUUUGGCAUUUUUUCAGAAACAACUUUCCUUAUUCUUAGAAGGUAUUUUCCUCUGUAAAACGUAUCUUUUGUUCAUACGAGGUUGUAUUUGAAUUAUGGUGACUAAACAGAAUGUGGAGUGCUAGGGCUUCAUUCUUGCACUUCUUGUGAUGGAUGUGUGGAAUAAUAUAAUUGAUGUAUCUAUGCUUGUACAACACAACUGAGAGCAGAACGUCUUCAGCUGACAUUUCUCCUCCUCUUAACUUUUAUGGCUAAAUCAGAGUUGCAAACAUCUAGAAGGUAAAAAUAAAAUUGCAAAUAUAUCUGCAGGAACUAAGUAACCCUUCAAGAACUUUGCAGACAGUAGAACAAAUGACAAAAGAUGCACCUGGCUCUCUCCUUUGCUCCACAUCUGUGUGAGCAGCCACAUCCAGUUUGUUGCAGCAGGUCUUCCAUUGGCACUGAAAAGUCCCUUCUCAACAAGAGUCACUGCUCUGCAGCAGCAUCUGCUCGCUUGGGCCAGCUCUGCUCCUAGUGCCAAGGCAACAAAUCUUUUUAAAACUCUUUCAGUAGAUAGCUUAAAAACGGAUGUGUUCAAAGAGGUCUCAUAGCUCAAGGAACUGGCGUUGUCCGUAACACCCAGGACGGCUGUAGUAGCAAUUACAUUUGUGCAACACAAUAUUUGAUUGCUUGUCUUUAAUUCUGCAAAGCAGUGCACAUCAGCAGCCUGCCAAUAAAGCCAGCCCUCUGGAAUGGCUUGUGGGGAGGUGAUUGGUGUUUGGCACAUGCUUAUGCGUGCUUUGUGCUAAUUACAAUUGCAGUAUGAGUAAGGUAAGGCAGGAACUUUUUUUAUUAGGUACAUUUAUUUCCCAGUAAAGCAAAUAUAUUUCCCGUGUCUUCUGGAUGUCUUUCAAACAACCAACUUUAUAAUGUGUGCUCACCAUGAACUCUCACUUAGAGAAAUCUUCUUGCAACAAAGUGACAAUUUCAGAGCUGAAUACAAAACCACGUUUGAACCUCCUGCAAUAGUUUCUAAGCUGAAGUGAAG